GCACAGUCCGCUUUGUGCAAUAAUAAGUCCGCAACCGUUUCGGGCCUCCUCGCGCGCCUCUCGAUCUUAUCUCAAGGCAGUAAAAAUUAAUCGGCGACAUCGUCUUUAAUCGAAAAAUUAUCCAAGAUGCUUUCAGCGGAGGAUAACGAUGGCCGCGAUGAGGAGUAUGGCAGUGACGAUAACUGCGCAGAUUACCCCAAGAUCUCUGAAAAAUUGGAGGUACCAAAAGAAUGGACUUACACCAUGCGAAGAAGCAUGCAGGAAGUUGUACAAGGCUUAUUCUUAGGACCAUACAGUGCUGCUACCAAGUCUAAGCUAGACUCCUUGUUGGAACAUGGUAUUACUCACAUUGUUUGCGUUCGGCAAGACAUUGAAGCUCACUUUAUAAAACCUAAUUUCCCUGACAAAUUCAAGUAUCUUGUUUUGGAUAUUGCUGAUAAUGCUACGGAGAAUAUUAUAAAGCACUUUAAAAAAGUCAAAUCUUUCAUUGACGAGGCACUGAAUUCUGGAGGUAAAGUCUUGGUUCAUGGAAAUGCAGGGAUUUCGAGGUCAGCAGCACUGGUAAUUGCUUAUUUGAUGGAAACCUUUGGAUUGAAACAGGAGAAAGCAUAUUCCAUUUUACAACAAAGAAGGUUUUGCAUAAAUCCCAAUGACGGAUUUAUGGCGCAGUUGAGAGAGUAUGAACCUAUCUAUCAGGCUGAAAAAUCGUUGCCUAAUGGCCAAGAAACAUUGACAAAUCAAAGAAGUAAGCGAACUCUUCAUAUGACGGAUGGUGAUCAUAUCGAUGAUAGGCAGGACACGAUGGAUAGUUCAUUAUCUAAUUGAAGUGCCAAAGUUACCAAGAGACUUCCCUUAAAUGAAAAAGUUUAAACUUCAUAAUGCGUUUCGCAAUCAACGCUUAAUAAAUGAUAAUGUGUUUUGUACAGAUUUAAAUAUUAGAUGCAAGUCUAUUUACAGCUCACGUUAUAGAAAAAUUAGUAUUUAUAAAAAACAAUAGCUACGCAGAUUUAAUAUUUAUAUUGAAAAAUUAAGGGUGUGAUAACGUUCUAAUACCUUUCAUUUACGAUAGUAAAAAAUUAUUUCCAGUAUUUAAAGUAGUAGAUUAAAUUUAACUCGUUUACUAAUAAAAAUGAGAAGUGCUUUGACAGAUAAGUGUCUUUAACUUAAAACGUUUUAUUUUUUGUAAGAUAAGUAGUAUUUAACCCUGGUAAACAAAUUAAGCAGGAAGGAUCUCUGAGAUAAAAAGCAAUGAAACUAAUAUAUUCUAAAACUUGUUUUGUAAGUAAAUAUAAUAACUUAUAAGACAUAUUUACAUUAUUAAAACACAAUCGAUGCUUCUAACUGCAAUAAGAUAUUUUUAUACAUUUUGCAUUUAAAUGACUGACUUCAUCUGUAAAGCUUCGAAGCAGGUAUGGCUUUGUAACCGAGAUUUCUAGUCACUUUAAUGACUAGACAUCGAUGAUGAUGUCCAGACUUUUACCAGGGUACACUUUCAUAUAGUUAUAAAAUUUAUAUUUUACUGUGAGUCGGUCGCAAAAAAAAAAAAAAAAAAUAGCAAAUUUGUUUGAGUUACCAUUAUGAAAGACAUUUGAGGAUAGCGUGACACGGUGAAAUUCAGUGUAUGUACGUUGGUCUCAGUCGACUUGUAUGUUAUUCACGAUUGCUGAUCUGCUUAUACGAACACUCGCGAAAACGAUCAUAAUACUCUUCUUAUUAGAUACUUUUAUAAUAUUUAUUAAUUAAGAAUAUACAUAAUAUUUUUAGUGAUUGUUACUUCAUCACUUGUAAAAAAAGAACAAGACAAAAUAAAAUACAAACCAUAUUUUCAAA